UUAGAAUUGAGUCUUCUCUUGCUGUGGUCAGGACAGAUGAAUGGUGGCCGCUUUUGUUUACCACAAGCAACGACAAGUUUAGUCAAACGUCCUCACGUAGGAAUACUUUCUCGUGCGCUUGUUCUGCUGACGUGGAUAGCAGCAAUUCAUGCUAGUCAGAAACCGAUAACUACUGUGCUAGAUGCGAAGUGGCCAUCGACACCUUUAUUACUAGAAGCAAGUGAGUUUUUUGCUUCUGACGGCAAUGAUAUGUUCUGGGCGUUUGUUGAAGCUGUUCACACUCGUCACCAUCUAAAUGACAGAGAUCAGUAUAAUCUGUCUAUUGCAUUUGCAAGUGAGAGGUUGUCUCAGUUGAAGCAAGAUCUGUUGGCAUUUUCACUUUCUCUGCGUCUUAACUCACCUAAAAUUGAAAUGUUUAGACAGGUAGCUGAAGAAAAAUCCAAAGAUGCGAACAUCAAUAACUGCAAUGCUUUCGCUGAAAUUGGCAGCAUAACAACAUGCUCUCUUCAAACCUUACAGCAACAUCUUUCAAGUGACAAGCCAAAUGCUGAUGAAUCGGUGAAAAAUUACGAGUUUGAUCAUCAUUAUCCUGCUGUGUCAACUAGUGGAAUUACUGUUGUCGUCUAUGGGCAGCUGGGCACACCAGAGUUCUCACAGUUUCACACACUUUGCUGUGAGGCUGCAAAGAUAGGGAAGAUUCAAUAUGUGAUGAGACAUCAUGUGCCGGUUCCUUCAAAGUCCAAGACACGACUGUCUGGUUAUGGUGUUGAAUUAGCUAUCAAGAGCACUGAGUACAAAGCUAUGGAUGACUCUGAGAUAAAAGAAGAUAUGGCUGCUGGUAAAGUUACUCAAACUGAAACGGAAGAUGAAGUUGAAGGUUUUCUGUUUAAGCGGCUACGUGAGCUUUAUGCUGGUCACAUUGAAGAUCUGACUAAGUUUAAGCAACACCUUAUAGAGAGCACAAAGGAGAUGGCUCCACUAAAAGCCUGGCAAGUACAAGAUAUUGGCUUUCAAGCAACACAGAGAGUCAUGAUGUCACCAGUGCUUGAUGCACUGAGAGUUCUACGAGACUUGAGCCAAAACAUCCCAAUGAAAGCCAAGUCAGUAACAAAGACAGCUGUGGAAUCAAAUCUACGAAAAGAGAUCGUAUCAAAUCAAAGGCUUUUGGCGUCUGUUGGAGUAGAGCCUGGCAACAACGUGUUUCUUCUGAAUGGGUUGGUCAUCUGGCUUGAACAUACUGAUGCAUUUGUACUGUUUAAUUUACUACAAGAUGAAGCGACUUUUAUGGAUGGGCUUAGUUCUCUUCGAAUUCCUUCUGAAACAAUUAGCAAACUUCUCAGUUUGAAUUUAGAACAGACACAUGACUCGUUUGGUGUUGAUUUGCGGGGCGAUGCUGUCAAAUAUGUCAACAAUCUGGAGACUGACUCAAGAUACAAUGGAUGGUUUCGGUCUGUCAAUGAUCUCUUUCGUCACAUUUUUCCUGGGCAAUUGAGGCGUAUAGCUAAGAAUAUGUUUCACACUAUUUUUUGUGUUGAUUUGGGAAAGAGAGAGAGCGUGACUUUGUUACAAACAGCACAGCUGUUUGUGCAACAGAGUGUGCCAGUUAGGGUUGGAUUAUUGGUUGUCAGUGAUCCAUAUAAUACAAAUGAAGGUGAGGAAAGUGUAAGUGUUGUGUUGGCUCGUGCGUUUGGAUACAUUAUGAAGAAUAAAAAUGCAGAAGAAGCUCUCAAUUGGGUCGUGGAUGAGGUUUAUGAUCAGCUGCCAGAUGAUGACAGUGACGUUCCUGUGAGUAUUGUUCUGGAAGCGUUCCAAUCAUCGUAUGGAGACAAGCUGGCAGAUAAAUUUCUUGGACCUGGCUCUGUCUUUAAUGCUUUUCGACAGGAAUCCAACAAGUUCUACUUGGACUCAGGAAUCAGAAGUCUUCCUCAGAUUGUUCUCAAUGGAGUUCUUCUGAACAUGAAAGAGGACAUUGAACAGGCAGUUGUAGUGGAAGUACAGGAGCAGACACAGUUACUGCAGCAGGAAGUUUACAUGGGGAGAGUAACUGAUUGGACAAACCUUGAGGAUUUUUUCACUACUCAACCAAAUGUUUUCAAACGCUACAACAGUGAGAUUUUCUCACAGAAGAAUGAAAGAAUUGACAUGUCAUAUUCAACAGCAGUUGUUUCAUCAGAUGGAAUGUCAUUUAUGGGUCUCAUUGGUCGACAGCAGACAGCCAUUUUAUCACAGAAACUGAAAUAUCUGAGUAACCCAGCAGAAGAAUUCUCUACAAAAUCUGUUACUGUGUGGCUGGUGAUGGACAUAACAUCAGAUGAAGGCAGAAAACUGAUACUUAAUGCAUUUGAACAUGUGGAACAGUCAUCUGAAAUGCGACUUGCCCUGAUACCUAAUGUUCCUUCGUCAAGUGAUCCAAUUGUGGCACAGACGGUUUUGGCUGUGUUGGACACUUAUUCUGAGUCUAAAGCUUUAAGAUUUCUCAAAGCAUUUUUGAGUGAUGGCCAUGAUGCGCAGAAGGCAAGGAAGUCCAAAGAAUCGAUGCUGGAAUUUGCAAAAUCUACGAAGAUAAUCAAUGCAGAUCGUCUGUCAGCAGCAGUUGAUGACACUUUGAAUUGGCUUCCAGCCUACCAGCAGUACUGCACAAAAGUCUUAUCCUUGGAAGCAAGCCAACUAGCUGUUGUUUCCAAUGGAAGAGUUCUGGGGCCCUUUAAUUCAUCGAAUGAUUUCAGAGCUGCAGAUUUUGCACUUUUGGAGCAUUUUGAAUUGAAAUACUAUGGGACGUCAGUACAUAGCUUGCUUGAAGAUGUAGUCAUUCCUGAAUUGGAUCCAGAUGAGGACACAAGUCAAUUUCGAAGUGAUCUGAUUAUGAAGGUUGCCUCACUGUUGCUGUCAAAGCCGGCAAGACGGCGAACUAAAAUUCCGGUGUUGCAGGAAGCACACAGUUGUGUUCAUGUUGAAAGUCGAAAUAUGACUGAAGGGUCUAAGUAUGAAAUGUCGGUUCUAAUAGACCCUUUAUCUCAAGGAGCUCAGAAGAUGUCAUCUAUGCUUAUGGUUUUGCAAAAUGUGACUAGCAUUGAUCUCAAGCUCUACAUGAAUCCAGUGGAAAAGCUCUCAGAUAUGCCAGUGUCUAGAUUUUAUCGUUAUGUUCUUGAGCCAUCAUUGCAGUUUGCUGAAGAUGGCAGUCUUGAUGGGGGUCCGGCUGCUGUCUUUGCUGAUUUGCCAGAAACACCUCUUCUCACUCUAAAUAUGGAUGUUCCACGGGCAUGGAUGGUGGAAUCAGUUCGUUGUGUGUAUGACUUGGACAACAUACAUUUGGGAGAUGUAGAGCAAGGUGUCUAUGCUGAAUUUGAACUGGAACACCUUCUGAUUGAAGGUCAAUGCUCAGACUUUAAUACAGGACAGCCUACACGAGGUGUCCAGCUGGUCUUAAGUACAAAACAUAAACCAGAGCAAUACGACACUCUAGUUAUGGCUAAUUUGGGCUACUUUCAAUUGAAAGCACGUCCUGGGGCUUGGUCUUUGCGCUUACGAGGCCGAUCGGCAGAAAUUUAUGAUGUUGCAACUCAUGACGGGAUGGAUCCCAACUUUAACGAAGGCAUGGUUCUCACAUUGGACAGCUUUAGUGGAAAAGUUGCACAGAUAAGGCUUAGUAAACGACCAGGAAAGGAACACUUGAACGUUAUUGCUGGAGAUGAAAUAGAGGAUGAGCUGGAAGAGGAAAGUAUUUGGGAAUCAAUCACUAGUUACGUUGGAGGCCCUUCAAAGAAGCCAGAACCAGUGGAUGAUAGCGAUUCUACACCAGAUGACACUAUAAAUAUUUUCUCCUUAGCAUCUGGCCAUCUCUAUGAACGCUUUCUCAGAAUCAUGAUGUUGUCUGUGCUGAAGCAUACUAAUAGUCCUGUCAAAUUUUGGUUUCUCAAGAACUACCUUUCUUCAACAUUUAAGGCGUUUCUACCAGUCAUGGCUCGUGAAUAUAAUUUCCAAUAUAGUCUGGUCCAGUACAAGUGGCCCCGUUGGCUUGUUCGACAGACAGAGAAGCAGCGACUGAUAUGGGGAUAUAAAAUUUUGUUUUUGGAUGUUUUGUUUCCUUUAAAUGUCAAGAAAAUAAUUUUUGUUGAUGCUGAUCAAAUUGUUCGUACUGAUUUAAAAGAAUUGAUUGAUUUGGAUCUAAAGGGGGCUCCUUAUGGUUAUACUCCUUUCUGUGAUGACAGGAAAGAGAUGGACGGUUUCCGAUUCUGGAAUGCUGGGUAUUGGAAAGGACAUUUGGCUGGAAGAAAAUAUCACAUCAGUGCCUUGUACGUUGUUGACCUGCAGAGAUUUCGUCAGGUUGCAGCAGGAGACAAGCUACGAGGACAGUAUCAGGGUUUGGCAAAUGAUCCAAACAGCUUGGCUAAUCUUGAUCAGGAUUUGCCCAACAAUAUGAUUCAUCAGGUUUCAAUUUUCUCCUUGCCUCAAGAGUGGCUGUGGUGUGAAACUUGGUGUAGCAACGAAUCAAAAGCUAAAGCCAAGACCAUUGACUUAUGUAACAAUCCGCUCACUAAAGAACCAAAGUUGAAAGCCGCGGUGAGGAUUGUUGACGAGUGGAAAGAUUAUGACAACGAAAUUAGGAGAUUGCAAGAACGCGUGGCAGCCAAUGAAAGUCAAGACCAUUCCCAAGGGCACGUUCAUCAGGAGCUAUGAAGAACAGAUAAGCUAGGUCAACACGUUUUAGAUUGGACAGGACGUACCCUACGUUGUAGGUCAGUGUGGUUAGAUACAACAGUUUCAAUUGAAA